AACAGGCUCCACCCAGAGCCCAACAGUGCCUGUGUCUGGGGACACAGUGGGAGAGGGACAGAAGUGCUCCUUCUCCAGGAACAUGGAACUGGGCCUGGGGAGAAGGGAGGCCAUUUCCUCCAUGCCAGCCCUCAGCACCAGCACCUAGAGCAGAACCAGGAAGGAUCCUGGGAGCAAAGGACAGACAGAUGCACCCCUUCCUCAACCAGCUUCCCUCCUCCUCCUUCCUCCAUGCACUUCAGGAUGGUGGGGACAAAAGCAGGCAGGGGCCAAGGGGACCAAUCCAGGCCAGAGGAAUGGCGCCUUCCUCCCGCCAGGAGAGCUCCCCAGAAGAAGGGCUACCCACUAAGUGGAGCCGACGGUGGGCAAUGGCCGGAUGGGCGCUGCUGACUCUCCUGCUUUUGGGCCUGCUCCUUGGUUCUUCUGUGCUUUGGUUCUACGUCUUCGGGAACUGUGGUCCUCCCCCCUGUGAGACACCUGUGUGUUUGCAUCUUCUGGACUAUUACCUGGCAUCUGGGAACAGCAGUGUAGCCCCCUGCAACAACUUCUUCAACUUUGCCUGCGGAGAGCCUGGAAAGACCAUUAAUUCUUUUCAUGCUCUUGAAGAUGAAAACAAAAGACUACUGAGGAGAGUUCUGGAAGCCCCAGGGUCCUGGCACCCUGGCUCAGGAGAAGAGAAAGCCUUCCAAUUCUAUGGCUCCUGCAUGGACACAGAUGCCAUCGAAGCUGCAGGAACUGGUCCCCUCAAACAAGUUAUUGAGGAGCUUGGAGGCUGGAACAUCUCUGGCAAAUGGACUUUCUCUGACUUUAACCAAACUCUGGCACUUCUGAUGAGUCAGUAUGGCCACUUCCCCUUCUUCAGAGCCUAUCUGAGGACUCAUCCUUCCCCUCCACAUGCACCAGUCAUCCAGAUAGACCAGCCAGAAUUUGAAGUUCCCCUCAAGCAAGAGCAGGAGCAGAAGAUCUACGCCCAGAUCAUUCGGGAGUACUUGGCUUACCUACAGCAGCUGGGAACACUUCUGGGAGGUGACCCAGAGAAAGUGCAACAACAUGCCUUCUUGUCCAUCUCCAUUACCUCACGGCUGUUUAAGUAUCUGCGGCUCCUGGAGCAGCGGCAGUCACAGGACAAGCUCUUCCAUGUGCUCACUAUUGAGCAGCUUCAGGAAAUGGCCCCUGCCAUCGACUGGUUAUCUUGUUUGCAAGAGACGUUCAAACCGAUGUCCCUGAGCCCCUCCCAGGCCCUUGUAAUCCAUGACCUGGAUUAUUUGAGAAACAUGUCACAACUGGUACAAGAAGAGAUGCUGAAGCACAGGGAUGUUCUGCAGAGUCACAUGAUCUUGGGGCUGGUGGAGACCCUUACUCCAGCAUUAGACAGUAAAUUCCGGGAAGCACGCAGAGAGCUGAGCCAGAAAUUGCAGGAGCUGACAGAGCAACCACUCAUGCCAGCUCACCCGCGGUGGAAGAAGUGCGUAGAAGACACAGGAGCCUUCUUCGAGCCCACCCUGGCGGCACUGUAUGUCAAGGAGGCCUUUGGCCCAGGCACCCAACGUGCUGCCAUGAAAUUAUUCACUGAGAUCAAGGAUGCCCUAAUAGCACGCCUCAAAAAGCUUUCCUGGAUAAGUGAGAAGAGCCAGAAAGAGGCCCAGGACAGGGUCACCCAACUACAGGUGAAAAUAGGGGCACCGGACUGGGUCCUGAAGCCAGAGCUGGCCAGACAGGAGUACCAAGAUAUACAAUUUGGACCCAGCUUCCUGCAGUCUGUCCUGAGCUGUGUCAAAUCUCUCCGAGCAAGAAAUGUCCAGAGCUUCUUGCAACCCUCGUCCCAUCACAGAUGGCAGGUGUCACCCUGGGGAGUCAAUGCUUACUAUUCCAUAUCUGACCAUGUGGUGGUCUUCCCAGCUGGACUCCUUCAACCUCCAUUCUUUCAUGCUGGCUACCCCAGAGCUGUGAAUUUUGGUGCCACUGGCAGCAUCAUGGCCCGUGAGCUGUUGCACAUCUUCUACCAGCUCUUACUCCCAGGGGGUUGCCCAGCCUGUGACACACAUGCCCUGCAGGAGGCACUCCUAUGUCUGGAGCACCAUUAUGAUGCCCUCCUGUUACCCAGCAGAUCCUCCCUCAAUGGCUCGCAAACAUUCUUGGAGAAUGCUGCGGAUGUCGGGGGGCUGGCCAUUGCAUUGCAGGCAUACAGCAAGAGGCUAUUAGAGUACCGUGGGGAGACCACGCUGCCCAACCAGGACCUCAGCCCCCAUCGGCUCUUCUUCCGAAGCUAUGCCCAGGUGAUGUGCAGAGAGCCCAAUCCGCAGGACAUUCAGGACAUUCACAGACCCCCCAGCCUUCGAGUCAACGGACCCCUCAGCAGCAUCCCGGCCUUUGCCAGAUAUUUUGGCUGUCCACACGAUGCCCUCAUGAACCCCUCCAGACGCUGCCAGCUGUGGUGACUUGACCACCAGGAGAUUUCAGAACAGGUGUAUCAACAGAUCUGUAUCCCAUCAAGAGCAUCAAGGCAUAGUCUCUUUUUCCUUUCCCUUGCAAAAAUAAAACCCACUACUUGGCUAUUGCCAUU